AUGGCGGAUAACGUAACCUCAACCGAGAGCUGGGUCCGGCGUCAUGGCGCCUCGAGUGCUACGCACGAUGCCACGACCGAACGCUUGCCCAGCGUGGGAGAUAGGUCUGCGGAAGGGGGCUUUACUAGUGUGCUAUAUCGUGCAUGUGUAGAGCGGCUCUCACAAUUUGUCGAGAGUCUUAAGCAGCUUCCAGCGACCAAACAUGUUGAUGAUGACAACUUUCGAGAAGUUGCGGUAAGAUUUCGACUCUUUGGGGGAAGCUUCGAGCACGGAAAGUUGGAUUCUUGUCUUGAUGACGACGAAUUGUUCGAAACGAUUCUACAUUUAUUAGUCAAGAUCGCUGUGAUUCUGAAGGGAUUCUCUACCACGUCGUCAGAUCAGCCUCUGGACGAUUUGAUCGACCAGGCGAAGUCGAUACUCAGCCUCAGCGAGGACGGCGAGGAUUCCUUGGAUUCUGAAGACGACGAGGAUGCAGUCAACGCAUCGCUAUCGACAGAAAGGGCGGUUCAGCUUCGAUGUCGUGCGAGGCUAUCCCACAACAUCAGCAUGCUCAUGGAGCUCCUUCCAACUCUCGAAGCAGCGUAUCGCCUGAAACAUACUCCUCGUGUCGACCGUAAUGCGCAUCGACACUUCCGGGUAACAUCUACUGCGACACCAUACGUGCGUCACAUUCGGGACAAGUUUCCCCAUGCCCAUUCCCGUCUUGCUGAUCGCUUGGGCGAAGCCAACUGGCAAAGACACGAACGCCUUAGAAAUCCCGCCUGGAAAAGACCUGACGCGGACGAUACUGAGCAAAAUCCAGGACGAUCAAUCCAGAAAGCUCGGACUUUCUUCGAUCCGGUUUCGAUCUUCAAAGAUUCGGCACUGGGGAGCUCAUUGAACAAUCGCACGGAGAAAGCAGCUUCUGUGGCAUCGCACUCUUCUUUUCUUAGUAGUGCGCUGGGAGACCCGAAAACCAAGCUUAGGGUUCCCAAAAUGCCCGAAGGCACGGAGUGGGGCAGUCCAUUUGCAUGCCCUUACUGCGCGAGUAUGAUCGACGUCCACAGUCGAGUUGAUUGGAAGCUGCACGUCUACUCGGACCUUCAAGCUUAUAUUUGCACUCAUGAAGCCUGUCCACAGCCAUUUGUAACAUACGACACGCGGGGAUCCUGGGCGCAACAUGAACUCGAUCAUCACCUAUCACAGAUCCUGUAUCAGUGCUCCGUCUGUCUUGACCCCGUUGGUGAUCAACAGGGGUAUUUCCAUCACGUGGACACUGCUCAUGGAACGACCAUAGCCCCUUGCCUACGUCAAGCCAUGCUUGCUAACGCACAGCGCCGCGUACAGUGUGAUUUGGGCGAAGUCGAAUGCAGUUUAUGCCUGAAACGUGGGUUCAACGACAAGAGGGACUAUUCUAAGCAUGUAGGCAGACACCUCGAGGAUAUUGCCCUCAUCGCCCUACCUCCUACAGAACACGAUGACUGGAGCGGAGGUGAGAGCGAAGUCGACAACGACCUGCCUGAAUAUCUUCCCGCUCGGCAUUUUGAAGAGCACAAUGUCAGCGAUCUUGGCCGUGCUGCUAAGAAAGAAUCAUUGUUCCAGAGCAAGAUGGAUGCCCUAAAUAAUGCUGGUGGCUUGAAAGGGUCACCAAGUCUCAUGGACCCGGCUCGAUCUGAUGAGGUGGCCGAUGAGUACAGGGACGUUGAUGUAGGCGCUGGGGUUUCCAAGAAGGAUGGCUUGCAUUCUGCAUCAUUGCGAUCGUCGCGUCAGCCCUCGCAGGAGACUUCUCCUAAAUGGCCGCCACUGGCCCUGACGUCCAUCAAAGCGGUUAUAUCUAUUGGAACUUUGCCAACUAUCAAGGACCAUGUCUCUGAUGUGCUAGGGCAGGAAGGCGACGAAUACAUGCCUCGCGAUUUCGACGAAGCUGGGGAAACAAAGAUCGACAGUUUGGGCUUCCUCCGUGACGGUCGAGAGUAUAACAUUCGAACGUUUAUCCUUCCUGGACGGGGUCAGAAACUCUUCAUGCUCGCGACUGAGUGCGCACGGAAGCUUGAGUAUCAAGAUUUAUACCUCCUCUUUUGGAAGAACAAUUCGUUGUACAAGAUAAUUGCCAGUGCCGAAGAGAAGGAACAUCUUGUCAGUCAGGAAAUACUGCCCAACAGCUACCGUUCCCGCCAGAUUGCGGUCGUCACAGCUAGGUCAAUAUUCCGCCAGUUUGGCAGUCGAGUUGUAAAAGAUGGCCGCCGAGUGCGGGAUGAUUACUGGGAAGCGGAAGCCAUAAAGCAAGGUUUCACAGAGUUCGAUGCUGAUGAAGAGGAAAGAACUGGAGAGAAAAGAGUUAGACACCCAGCUGGAGAGAAAAGAACUGGAGCACCGGGGCCCCUCUCACCCUGGAACUGA